UCGUAAAUAUAUAUGAACAAUGUAUUUACCUGAUACAUAAGUAGAGUUCGAAGAUUCAUAUAGGAAGGAAGUAAAAAAAGAAACGCGAAGUUUAGGUGCUUCGUGAACUGUAAGGUUAAGGUGUCUGGUUGUGCCGCAAAGCCAUAGUAUUUACAAUUCGUACUAUAAUUCAUCAUCGUAAAAUGGAAAAUUGCUUGGUAAGGUUGACCGGCUUGAUACUUACUCGAAUAAGUAAAGGAAGUAAAUGUUGUGAAAUAUUUACUGCAAGGAAAUAUACUACAUCUAAAAGGCAAAGUAGAAAGAAACAUGUCUAUGAAAAUAUCCAUCCUUGGAAAUCACUUGAUGAAUUUAGUACAUCUCUUUUAGAUAAUCAUCUUCUUUAUUGUCAUGAUGGACUUGUGGCUUUAAAUAAACCUUAUGGGAUAUCUGGUCGUACGGUAUUUGAUAAGGAUGGCUCAAAACUAAAAUCGGAAAAUGAUAUUCCCAAUAGUGUGAAUUAUACAUUAACAGAUGCAAUUCCACACAUUAAAAGAACACUUGGUUAUUCGUCUCUAGAACCAAUAAAAAUACCAGAGAAAUACACAUCUGGAGUUGCACUUUUUGCAGUAAACGAAGAGAUUAAGCAGAAAGUAAUGAAAUGUUUUCGCGAGGCUCAGUCCAUAAAAGUAAUUCCGAGAACAUAUUGGGUAGUAACAAGAUAUAUGCCAAAAGAACAGGAAGGACAUAAGCAUCUGGCUAUGAAGUUACAAAGAAGUCCUUGUAAAACAUACACUGUGCCAGUAAUAAUAAACAAUUGGACACAUAUGGAACAAAAGAGACGAGAUAUAAAGAUUCUCAACGUCGACUUUAAAGUCCUUUCUAACUCAACGCAAAACUUAUCAACGUUAUUACAGAUAAAGACAUCGACGACAAAAUGGCAUGCUUUGCGAUUAUUUGCUGCAACCACAUUGAACAGUCCAAUCUUGGGCGACAGGAUUAGAGGAUCCCUUAUUCAGGAAGUGAUGGGAUCGCGUGUGAAAAUCAGUCCAUUCGUUGAUGCUGCUCACCGACCACCUAGUAUAAAAGCGGAAAUUUUGGAGCUUCUGUCAUUGUCUUCUAAGGAACAGUUAAUUAUACCAGCACACAUUCAUCUUCGUAAAUUAUAUUUACCAUCGUACUAUGGCCGAUACGAUGGUUUAACAUUAACCGCACCCUUAAUGCCAGAAUUUGAAUGGACUUGUGAAAAAUUACAGUUUAAACUUCCAAAGGAAGAAGAUCAAAUACCUAAAGAUGGAGCUGAGAUUGCACUGUAGAUCUAAAUAAAUGUAAUAUCCACAUUUUAUUUAAUUGUUAUCAACAACUUUCUGCUUAAAUGGAAUAAAGAUGUUACAUUUUACACUAAAA